UAUUAUGUCAACCGACUUUCGGAUUAUUAGACAAGGGCAAAUCCACCCAACUCGCGUGAGCCAUUCAUCGAGGGAAGCCUUGAAUUUGCACUAAUCACAGCCGACUGCUGGUCCGCGAAAACCGCCACAUAGUCUGCCCAGCCGAGUAAAUGUCUCGCCUAAGUAAAUCCGAGGCGGCUUCUCGCGUCCCACCCCCAAAAAGUGAGAGAUCCAGCUAUCGCACCGAGGCCUGGCCUACCGAUACUCUUUCAGUGCUCGACUGAAUAACUAACUAAAAGCAAACUCUAAAAGUUCUAAGCCGUUUUGGACCGCGCGUGCGCCUCAAGACAUCCGCGUUUGUUCUUCAUCUUCCUCUUCUUCUUAUUGUCGUUUUCGAUUUUGUUUUGUGUUUGUGUGACGUUUUUAUGAGAAAGUGAGAGUGCUUUAUUUUUUUAAUAUGGAUACGCGGGAUGAGGCGGCACCUCCGGUGCCCCGAAGGGCUUCCAACCCUUUGGUAAAACAGACCAAGUUUUCCGAUUCAAAUGGUGUCGACGCCGUUGACCUCCAGCAACGACGCCGAUCGAGCGCCUCGUCGGCAGUCGAGAAGCGAGUGUCGAUUGACGAGGGGCUCGCGAAACGUCGCAGAUCUUUGGUACCAAUGUCCAGCAUGGAAGAGGAGAACCUCAGGGAACGGCUCCACGUGACUCAUCUUAAAUUGUGCGGGGAGAUAGUCAAACUGGAGCAAAAACAUACCAGGGAUACGUUCAGGAGACUAUUCCAAAAUAAGGCUUUUUUGGAAAGUUUAUUUAAACUUUUUGACCAAGACAGAGACCAGUGCUUGGUGCAGGAUGAAUGGAUUGAGUUUAUAAAACAAAGAUUGACCAAUGAAAAACAGCAUUAUUUUGCCGAACAACUGGAAAGUGUGGCCUUUUGUUUAUGUGGAAAUGAUCCAAUUAGUUUAGAGAAUUUUUACCAAAUAUUAAAUGCUAAAGGAAUUGUAGAUAAACUAUUUAGGUUAAUAGAUGAACAAAAUUCAGGAACUAUAACAUCAGAACAAGUCAUGGAGUUCUUAUCCACAAUAACAAAUGCAAGGCCACGUACCGGCUUCGACAAAGGCAGCUUAGAGAGGCUCGAGCAACUUUUCAGGCAGACUGUAGGAAAUGAGAAGGAGAUCAGAAGGGAGGAUUUUAAGAAGAUUGCCACCUCUAAAAAUCCAUUUUUCACAGAAAGAGUCUUCCAAAUAUUUGAUACAGAUAACUCAGGAUCCAUUUCACUUCAGGAAUUUUUAGAUGCCAUGCAUCAGUUUGCUGGUCAGACUCCAGAUGAUAAAAUUAGGUUUCUUUUUAAAGUAUAUGACAUAGAUGGCGAUGGCUUAAUUCAACACAAAGAGCUCCAGCACGUGAUGAGAGCAUGCAUGGAAGAAAACGGCAUGCAAUUUAGCGAGGAACAAAUCGACGAUUUAACAGUAGCCCUGUUUGAAGAUGCCGACGUAAAAAACAGGGGCACUAUAACGUACGAAGCCCUUAAAAGCCAACUCGAAAAACACGAUGGUCUUCUGGAAAACCUCACAAUAAGUAUCGAUAGAUGGUUGGUACCUCCAAAACCUAAAACACCUCCUGGGUCUGCUUCUCUAUUUGGAAAACUAGCAUCAUUUUUUAGACCUUAUCAACUAACGUUACCUUACGUGAAAAACAAUUAUGUGUAUCUCAUAUUUUUAGCAUUAUUUGUUAUUGUGAAUGUAGCUUUAUUCGUGUCCAGAGCUUACGAAUACAGACGAUCGAAUUGGUUUACGAUAUUAGCUAGAGCAUGUGGUCAGUGUUUGAACUUCAAUUGUGUGUUUAUAUUAGUGUUAAUGUUAAGACAGUGCAUCACGUUUUUGAGGACCAGAGGGUUUGGAGAGUAUUUACCUUUGGAUCAGCAUAUCUAUUUUCACAAAAUAACAGGGAUUUUGAUUUUUGGAUUUAGCUUUCUACAUACCAUCAUGCAUAUGCUAAAUUUCACUCUACUUGUCGUAAACGAUCCAGUAAUCAACGAAAGAAACUUCACUACAACUGAAUGGAUUCUAACAAAUCGUCCAGGAUUAUUUGGACUAAUAGGUGGCCUAGCAAAUCCUACAGGUGUUGCCUUGUUUGUCAUUCUUUUGAUCAUGUUCUUCUGUUCUCAAGCCUUUGUUAGACGAGGAGGAUGUUUUGAAAUAUUCUACUGGACCCAUCUUAUGUACGUGCCAUUCUGGGUGCUUCUCAUUUUCCACGGUCCAAAUUUUUGGAAAUGGUUCAUAAUACCCGGUAUUCUUUAUUCCAUCGAAAGGAUUAUCCGGUACGUUUGGAUGCAAACAGACCAUGGUAAAACUUAUAUCAGUUCCGGCCUACUUUUGCCCUCCAAAGUCACCCAUUUGGUGAUAAAAAGGCCCAUACAAUUCGAUUUUCACGCUGGCGACUACAUUUUUGUGAAUAUACCUGCCAUUGCUAAAUACGAAUGGCAUCCUUUUACAUUGAGUAGCGCGCCCGAACAAGAAGAUUAUAUGUGGCUACACAUAAGGGGCGUGGGCGAAUGGACAAACAGACUAUAUGACUAUUUCGAGAAAAAGCAAGAAAAACUUCACAACGGUGAAAUAGCCCCACUAGGAGAACAAAUAACGAAAAGAUUAUCGAGUGGAAGCAUAAACAAUAACAACCAAAACCCAAUCAAGAAAAUACAGUCAACCAUCACAAGAACUUUAUCGAAAAAAGAAAAAGCCAAACCUGGAAUUCAACUCGUUGGUUUUGAUCCCAUCAACACUGACAAUAUGAUGAUGAGAAAUGCUGUAACACCAGAUAAACCAACGUGUAGCUCAACAGAAACACCCAUGUCUGUCCCAAUGAAACUCUCAGCCGAUAGAAAUCUUCAAAAAUUGCUGUUCUCGGAUAAAGCUCCUCUAGAGAAGUCUCUAUCAAUGCCUGAUAUGCAAACUAAAUUCAAAAAACGCGAAAGAUUACUUGUGUUAAGAGAAUACAUGAGAUCAGAAUCAGAAAAAACCUUUGAUGAAUGUCAGAUAAGAAGAGCUCGAUUGAAAUCCUUAGGCUUGGCUUACUUAAGUCCACAAAAUAAGAGCUUAGCACAAAGUUUCAGGUAUAUGAGAAAUAAACCUACGAUUAUUGCUUUCCAAACGCCAAGUCUAGAACAAUCAACAAUGUCAUUGGGUCGCCAAAUAAGUUCGUUGAGUUUUAAGUUGGUCGGCAACAGUCCUGAAAGACAAGCUGAGGAAGGUACGGUUAAUGAAGUGUUUACCCCAACAACUCCACCAAUUUUAACGAAAGCUGAUGUGAAUUACCCACUUGGAAAUCCCCUUGAGAUAUAUAUUGAUGGGCCUUAUGGAGCACCUUCAAGUCACAUUUUUAGAGCUCAGCAUGCAGUUUUAAUAGGAACAGGUAUCGGAGUGACACCUUUCGCUUCGAUUCUACAAUCUAUCAUGCACAGAUAUUGGAAAGCCCGUCACAGCUGCCCUAAAUGCAAAUUUUCCUGGGCUUCGGAAAUACCUCCUACUGUAAUGAACCUUAGAAAAGUGGACUUUUUCUGGAUAAACAGAGAUCAAAGGUCGUUCGAGUGGUUCGUGAAUUUACUUUCGCAACUCGAGAUCGAGCAGGCGGAAUUGGGAGGAGCUAUGGAAAGAUUUUUGGAUAUGCACAUGUAUAUCACGUCGGCCUUGCAGAAAACAGAUAUGAAGGCUGUUGGGCUACAGCUGGCCUUGGACUUAUUACACGAAAAGGAAAAACGGGAUCUUAUCACCGGUCUAAAAACAAGAACAAACGCUGGAAGGCCCAACUGGGACAAAGUGUUCAAACAAAUCCUAGAUCAGAAGAAAGGUAAGGUAACCGUAUUUUACUGCGGUCCUCCAGAGUUGGGCAGAAUGUUGCGCGUAAAAUGUGAUCAAUUUGGGUUUAUAUUCCGUAAAGAAACCUUCUAGUUUAAAGUUUUGUAUAGUUUUAUGUGUAGUUUGUAUAGUAUUUAUUAAAUGUUAUGUGAGUAGUUUGUAUUAUAUUUUAACAUAUUUUUUCUAUUUUUGUAUAUAUAUUUAUUGUGUGUAUUCAGUUUUUUAGAUCUAUUUUGGUUGUGGUUUUUAUCAUACUAGACAAAAGUCUUAAUGUUUAUAGUUAGUGCUUUAUAUUGUAUAGUAUUUUAUUUCAAUAAACAAUACGUAUUUUAAAAUAACCUUUUUAUUUAUACUACUAAAAAAUAAAUAUCUGUACAUAUACAUCUAUAUUUCUGUACAAUUAUCCUCUUCUUCUGGAUCGUAUGCAUUGUUUUCAAAUCCUCUAAAAUCGACUUCAUCCAGCAAAUCAU